AUGGCAAUGGAGAUCACUGCUAUGGCUUCACCAUCAACAAGACCCUCUCUUCCAACUCCUUCCACCUUCAACAAGCCUCAACAUAAACGCCUCCACAACAUAUCAUUACCAACAUCAACCACCAUUUCACUACUCGCUCUUUUCACCCCUCCAAAUGAAGCCAGAGCUUCUGUUACAAUCUCCAAGGACCAAAUUGUUUCUUCUCUCACCCAAGUGGAGCAGACUAUUGAUCAGGUUCAGGUGGUAGGUUCUGGUUUUUUGGACACAACACAGCGUGUUGCUGGAGCUAUUGGGAAUGUUUUGAAGCCUGGCUUCGAUGCGGCGUUGCCAAUUGUGCAGCAGGCUGGUGAAGAGGCUCUGAAAUUUGCUUCACCGGCUUUCUCUGAGGCUUCUAGGAAGGCUCAAGAAGCACUUCAAAGUUCUGGUGUUGAUACUCAACCUGUUGUCACUGCUGCUAAGACAGUGGCAGAUGCUGCACAACAAACAACCAAAGUGAUUGAAGGUGCCAAGCCAAUAGCCUCAUCAACCAUGGAAACUAUAAUUUCUUCAGAUCCCACUGUGAUUGCUGGAACAGCUGGAGCACUAUUUGUCGCAUAUCUCUUGUUUCCUCCUAUCUGGUCUGUCAUCUCCUUCAAUCUUCGUGGUUACAAAGGAGACUUGACACCAGCUCAAACACUUGAUAUGUUAUGCACACAAAACUACAUCUUGAUUGAUGUACGGACGGAGAAAGAUAAGAACAAGGCCGGUAUCCCCCGUCUUCCGUCUAGUGCUAAAAACAAGAUGGUUGCCAUUCCAUUGGAAGAAGUGCCAAGCAAGAUAAAAGGACUAGUGAGGAAUGUGAAGAGAGUGGAAGCUGAAAUAGCAGCAUUAAAGAUUUCAUAUCUGAAGAAAAUAAACAAAGGCACCAACAUCGUGAUCUUGGACUCGUACUCGGACUCAGCAAAGAUAGUUGCAAGAACGCUAACGAGGCUUGGAUUUAAGAACUCAUGGAUAGUUGGUGAUGGAUUUUCUGGAGGCAAAGGGUGGUUACAGAGUAGAUUAGGAACGGAUUCAUAUAAAUUUUCGUUUGCAGAGGUGUUGUCGCCAUCUAGAAUCAUCCCUGCGGGUGUUAAAAGUUUUGGAACAACCAGCAGGCAAUCUAGUCAGAAACUUCUUCCAGGAGCUGACUGA